AUGGCAACGCCAGAGAAAAAACCAAAAACGAUACUCAAUUUUUUUCAAAAGAAAAGCCCAAUUCCAAAUGACAAUGAAAAGUCGGACAAAAACAAUAAUGUAUCGAACCAGUCCACAUUGUCUGAGCCUCCCGCAACCCUGAAGCCUUCAGAAAACAGUGACACCAAACGAAAGUCUAUUGUACGUUCGUUCCAAAAAAAAUGGUUAAAUGAAUACACGUGGCUUAGUUACUCUACCGAUAAUUAUAUGACCUGUAAAUUGUGCAUUAAACAUAAUAAGACCAAUGCUUUCACGUCCAAAAAUACAAAUUUCAAAACAACAACACUGAAUCGGCAUGCUGAAUCAGCUGAUCACAGGGCUGCUGUCAUGGCAGAAUCGAUGCAGGGUGACCUAAAAAAAGUUGUUGAUAGAGUUUUGACUGUGAAGGAAUCUGCUGCCAUAGUGGCAUUAAAGUCUACUUUCUGGAUAGUGCAGGAAAAUAUAGCUUUAACUAAACAUGAAAGCCUGCUGACUCUUCUUUCAGAAUUGAAUUGCCCUCAUGUUGAUGACCUAAAUACUGCUAAAAAUGUUAACUACUCAUCUGAUAAAGCAGCUGUUGAUAUGUUGAAGUCACUAGCUUAUGUUACCAGGGAAAAGGUUGAUAGAUGUAUUGAAACUUCACCUUACAUUAGCCUCCUUUGUGAUGAGAGUACAGAUAUCAGUGUUCAGAAAAAGCUAGUUGUAUAUGCUCGAGUACUUGAUAUUAAUACUUUUAAACCAUGUACUAUGUUUGUAACCAAUUUGAAGGUUGAUUCUGCUACUGGGGAGGCUAUAUACAAAGAACUUAAGUCAUUGACCAGCAUGAAAGGGAUUGUUUCUUCAAAGAUAAUGGGCUUAGGAACUGAUGGGGCCAAAGUGAUGACAGGUGUAGGUAAGGGGGUGACAGGAUUUAUGUUAAGAGAUAAUCCUAUGAUGCUAAACUAUCACUGCCUAGCUCACAAACUAGCCUUAGUCACAUCUCAAGCUGCAAAUGAAGUUCCUUAUUUAGUUGAAUAUCAGACAAUAUUGACAGGGCUCUUCUACUUUUUCAAAGCAUCUGCUAAGAGGUGUCAUCAGUUGACUGAAGUUCAGAAACUUCUUGAGGAGCCAUCAUUGAAAGUAAAGGAAGUUCAUGAGGUGAGAUGGUUAAUACUGUAUAUUGCAGUUAAAACAGUAUAUACUGUAUUGGAUUCUCUCAUCACUUACUUCACAGAGGACAAAGAUGCCAAAGCAAAGGGUUAUGGAAAGAAACUUUCUACCCAAGACUUUAUUGCCAGUACCUAUCUUUUGAUGGAUGUUUUGCCCAUUGUGUCACAAAUGUGUUUGGUUUUCCAAAAAGCAGAUCUAGAUGUUUGUCAAGUAAAAGUUGAAGUUGAUCAUGCUAAGCUUGAAUUAAUGAAGAUAAAGUCUGGUGAAGCAAAUGCAGAACAUGGGUCAUAUCUACAGCAGCUGCAGAAUGAACAUUUAAGUUUGAGUGGUGGGAAGGUUAUCUUUAAAGGAAAUCAUGUGGUGCAUGGCAAGCAGAACAUUGAUUCCAUUAAAACAAAAUUCAUAGAUAAAAUUCUUGAGAAGCUGAAUGACAGGUUCCCAGAUGAUGAUACAAAUGUUAUUUAUGCAUUUGCAGUUUUAGGAAUGAGACCCAUCACAUUCUUAUCUAGUAAAGACAGAAUGGAUUGGGGAAAUGACAAGAUUGACAUAUUAAUUAAACAGUAUGGAGAAGAGAAAACAUCAGUUCCAACAGAAGAACAGCCCCAGGUUACCCAAACACCUAUCAUCAAUCCAAAUCAAACAAGAGUAGAAUGGUCUAAGGUGAAAGAGACAGUAGUCCAGGAAGGUUACCCUAGGGACAAGAUGGCUGUUUUAUGGAAUCUUAUCAAUAAACACCAUAAGGAGGACUGUCCAAACCUUCUAAAAUUAGCUUCUUUGGCAUUGACUGCUCCAAUUCAUACUUCUGAUUGUGAAAGGGGGUUUAGUGCACAAAACCAAACUAAAACUCCAUCUAGAAAUAGACUUCUACCAGAGACUGUUAAUGAUGUCAUGACUGUGAAACUUGAAGGUGGUUCAAUGAAAGACUUUGACUUUUUAAGGGCAUUGGAAGUGUGGAGGAGUGAGAAAAUGAGAAAGUUAUUUUUAUAAUUUAUUCUAAUAAUGAUAAACAUUUCAGUUAUUCACAAGUUACAGUUUGAACAGUUAAAUUUAAAUAAAGUUAAACUCUGUGUUUAAGUCAGUUUUCCACAAGCAGUGGUGAUGUACAUAUGUAAAUAGUGUUCAUAACAUCAUAAGAAGAUUAACAUCAAAAUAAAAUCAGGUAAUCUUUUCUUUAAAAUUUUGAUGUCUUAUUGAUAUUCAAAAUGUCCCCAAUAUUUUUUAUUUAAGGAGACAUUUGUCCCUAUUUUUUUAUAACCUUGGCAGAACACUGCUAUGUGAUGAUUUUAUUCUACAUACCAGUUCAAAUCAUUAGUGCCACACCUAAUUAAGUGUUAAAUGGCCUAAAUCUGUAAUUUUAGUGUGUUUUAAUAACAGCUUGGCAG